AUGAUUCCGCCGCCGCCUGAUCCAUAUUUCGACAACCAAUCUCUCCCAUCAAUCUGGGGUAACUCGACAGUAACUGGAUAUGGGCAGACGGCUUCGAUAUCUUCUCAGAGCUUCACGUUAGAAAGCCUUACAAUGGAGGGUCCAUUUGAUGCAGUCGUCGUCGGUGCCGGCUGGUUCGGUCUCGCAGCCGCCAAGGCCUACUCACAACUCCACCCGACCGCGAACCUCGCUGUCCUAGAAGCUGCCGAGUCUUGCGGAGGAACAUGGUCCAAGAACCGCCUCUACCCCGGCUUGAAGUCGAACAACAUGAUUGGGACCUACGAGUACCCUGACUUUCCCAUGUCCGAGUCCGUGUACGGCGUCAAGCCCAACAACCACGUCCCGGGCGCGGUCCUGCACCGCUACCUUACCGAUUUCGCCAAGCACUUUGGCUUCUUCGAUCGCAUUCAGUUUAAUACCGCUGUCAACCUGGUGGAGAGGAAUGGCGAGAAGGGUUGGCGACUUUCUGUUGCCUCACCGGCAGGAGAGCGCGUUAUCCAGACUGAGAAGCUCAUCCUGGCAACAGGGCUGACCUCGACGCCGAAUCUUCCAACUUACUCAGGAGCCGAGUCUUUCUCGGGGCCUCUGUUUCAUGCAAAGGACUUCUGCAAGAGGGCAUCAGAGCUCAAAGGAGUCAAGAAUGCCGUAGUCGUAGGCGGGGCAAAGUCUGCAUUCGAUGUUGCCUAUGCCUUGAUUGCGCCCCCCUUUGUCACACCUUUCAAGAAGAGAAUGGACCAGUUGCUGAACAUCCGUUGGAUGUCAUGGUUCAGCCCGUGUCCUUGGGGUGGCGAAGACGGCUACUCGGGUGUCCGGCAAUUCCUUCACGGGACCACCUUUGGCCGCUUCAUUGUCGAUUCGUUCUGGAAGGUGCUGAGCGGCGACGUUCUCUCAGCCAACGCGUACGACUCUCACCCUGAGCUUCAGAAGCUGAAGCCUUGGCACUCGGCGUUCUGGAUUGGUAGCGGUCUUAGCAUCUUGAACUACGACAGCAGUCUUUUCGAUUUGGUCAAGGAGGGCAAGAUUCGGGUUCACAUUGACAACAUCGAUAGACUGGAGGGCAACAAGGUCUUCCUGUCUUCUGGCGAGCAACUCGAGACUGAGGCGAUUGUUUGCUCCACCGGCUGGAAGAAGGAGUCGACCAUCAAGUUUGCCGGUCUCAACGAGGAGAAGCUCGGCCUCAAAUACUCUGCAACUGAGAAACGGGCUUUAGACCAAGAAGCGGACGCCAAAGUUCUUGAGCUCUUCCCUCGGCUGGGAGAUCAACCUAAACUGAGAUUCACUCCUAAGGAGGCAAACCCCUUGCGUUACUACCGCUUCAUGGUUCCCUCCACAAUGGUGGGCUCUCGCGAUCUCGCCUUUGCCGGUAUGAUCUCAACAGUCAGCACUUCAGUCUGCGCCACUAUUCAAGGACACUGGAUUGCCGCCUUCUUGGGUGGCCAGCUGGAUCGUCUCCCUACAUCUGAUCAGGAGAUUACGGACGAGAUUAUGCUGCACACACAAUGGGGCAAGUGGCGUUACCCCUGCGGCUACGGUGCCGACCUUCCUGACUUUGUUUUUGAGGGCUUGCCAUACGUCAACAUGUUGAUGAAGGAUCUUGGAGUAGAGACACACCGCAAGUCAAGUCGCCUUCAGGAGCUUACAUCGCCCUACCUACCGGCUGACUUCCGUGGUCUGGUUGAUAAGUGGAAGCAGGGUCACGGUGCCAGCGAAAUCGAAAUUGCCACACAUAAGGUUGUUACUUCAGGGACGGAUGAAUGA